AUGGAUGGAGCUGAAGGAUUUGAUCAUGAAAAUAAGGAAUAUGAAUCUGGGUUUGAUUGUUCGACUUGUGGGUAUAGAUUUUUAGAGGAGUUUGACACAAUGUUUGAUUGUAGUUGUUGCAGGUUUUCAAGAUUAUGGGAUAUUGUGGACUCACAUGCUUACUUGGCACUUGACAAAGCAGUGCUACCUUCUAAUAUCUCUUCUUGA